AUGGUAGGGUUAUAUAGAUCAUGCGGUGUAGCAUUCUAUCUACUGGGCCUCGUCAGGCUACCCUCCCUUCGUCUCCCGGGGUUUGCCCUAUUUUCCUGCUUUCUCCUUCAACCUGGCCUGGACCCAAGGUACUCAAAACCGCCGGCCGGCUUCAGGUCACAUCAAUCCCAUUUCCCAAAUUGGAUUUCUCGCUCUUGCCUCCCUGGAAGAAAAAAAAAAGAAGUGCUCUGUUUCCCUUGGUAA